UGGAGCUGGGAGGUUAGGCGGGCACGAACACACACAUGGCGGCCAGCCGGCGAAGUUCCAACACCAAGAGGGGUUGCGUGCUGACAGGCUGGUGUCCUGUUGCCGUCGCCACCGCCACGUUCAGUUCCACCCACCAAUCAUCUAUCCCACCAGGCCACCACACACCAUACCGUCCGGGACACCUACUACUUGCCCGCCACACGCCACCACGCGAGCGAGCUCGUCACUUGAUCUUCCCUCAUUCCCUUCGCCACGACGUUCCCUCGCCAGCUGCACCACUACCGCCGGCGCCGGCAGCUCGCUAGCUAAGGCAGAUACUAGCUAGCCUACAACCAUCGAUGGCGCCGCGGCUGCUGGCGUGCUUUGGCCGGAGGGGCGGCGCGACGGCGUCGGCGCCGGACGAGCAGGAGGACCAGCAGCAGCAGCAGCAGGUAGCCCCGGGGCCGGUGCUGUUGGAGCUGUUCGCGUCGCAGGGGUGCGGGGCGUCGCCCGAGGCCGACGCCGUGGCGGCGCGGCUGGCGCAGGACUCCGCGGCUCAGCAGGAAGGCGGCGGCGGCGGGCCGGCCGUGGUGGUGCUGGCGUUCCACGUGGACUACUGGGACCACAGCGGGUGGAAGGACCCCUUCGCGUCCAGCGCCUGGACCGUGCGCCAGAAGGCCUACGUGGAGGCGCUCCGCCUCGACACGCUCUUCACGCCGCAGGUCGUCGUGCAGGGCCGUGCGCACUGCGUCGGCACCGAGCAGGACGCGCUCGCGCAGGCCGUCCGCGACGCGCCGCGAUACCCGGCGCCCGCCAUGAAGGCGACGUUCCAGCGGCCGAACCCGACGACGCUGCAGGCGUCGUUCACGGGCACCCUGCGCAGCCGCGUGGAGGGCGCCGGCGGCGCGAGCGUGCUGGUGGCGCUGUACGAGAGCGGGCUGGUGACGGACUGCGGGCGCGGCGAGAACAAGGGCAAGUCUCUGCUGAACGACCACGUGGUGCGCCGCCUGGAGAAGGUGGCGGCGGUGCGGGAGGGCGCCUCCGCGAAGAAGUCCGUGUCCGGGACCGUCCAGUUCCCGCUCUGGGACGGCUUCCGCGCCGCCAAGUGCGGCGUUGUCCUCUUCGUCCAGAACGCCGCGCUGCAGGUGCUCGGCGUCCAGCACUUCGACCUGCCCGACAACGUCUGAGCUGUGUGGAUGUGUGACGCACGGCUCGCGUUGGUGGUGCGGCCGGCGGCGUGCGUGAUAUUCUUUGUACGCAGCGUUUGAUUGGCGUGGGUAUUGUAGGCGAUUAUCGCACGGUGGUUAGAUGCAAACCUGAGCACAGUAUUCUUUUACUCUACUGCUACUACGUACUAUAUUGCGAUUGGUGGUAAUGGUCUAAUGAUCUCGAGGCUGUUGGAGUGUCGGUCUUCUUCGGGAGGAUGUUGGUCGCUUCUUCA